GAGGGAGAGAGGAGAAGAAAAAAAAGAAAAAAAGAAAAAAACGACCGAGAGGGUAACUGGGUGAAGUUUGGAGAGGAAGCGAGCGCUGUAGUUUAGUCUGAGCUCUGCUGUCGACAGGAAAAAGAAGUUUGACUCCGGCGACGCUGACUGAGCCCUCCGGUUGUUGAAAGCCACUCUCUGCAAGGCGAACGGCAACCAAAACCCGCCACCAUGUCGGACGCGGACAAGUUUCUGUAUGUGGACCGCAACGUGGUCAACAACCCGCUGGCGCAGGCUGACUGGGCCACCAAGAAGCUGGUAUGGGUGCCUUCGGAGCGCCUGGGCUUCGAGGCGGGCUCCAUCAAGGAGGAGCACGGCGAGGAGUGCGUGGUGGAGCUGGCAGACUCUGGGAAGAAGAUCAAGGUGAACAAAGACGACAUCCAGAAGAUGAACCCGCCCAAGUUCAGCAAGGUGGAGGACAUGGCCGAGCUCACCUGCCUGAAUGAGGCGUCUGUGCUGCACAACCUGAAGGAGAGAUACUACUCUGGACUCAUCUAUACAUACUCUGGUCUCUUCUGCGUUGUGAUAAACCCCUACAAAAACCUGCCCAUCUACUCAGAGGAGAUUGUUGAAAUGUACAAGGGCAAGAAAAGGCACGAGAUGCCCCCUCACAUCUACGCCAUAACGGACACGGCGUACCGGAGCAUGAUGCAGGAUCGGGAAGACCAAUCUAUUCUUUGCACAGGCGAGUCUGGAGCUGGUAAAACGGAGAACACCAAGAAGGUUAUCCAGUAUCUCGCUCAUGUGGCCUCCUCCCACAAGACCAAAAAGGAUCAGAGCAGUUACCUGUCACAUGGGGAGCUGGAGAAGCAGCUGCUGCAGGCUAACCCCAUCCUGGAAGCCUUUGGAAACGCCAAAACAGUCAAAAAUGACAACUCUUCCAGAUUUGGAAAAUUCAUCAGAAUCAACUUUGAUGUCAAUGGUUACAUCGUUGGUGCCAAUAUUGAAACAUACCUGCUGGAGAAAUCCCGUGCCAUCCGCCAGGCCAAAGACGAAAGGACGUUUCACAUUUUCUACUACUUGCUCACAGGAGCAGGAGACAAGUUACGAAGUGAGCUUCUCCUUGAAAAUUACAACAACUACAGAUUCCUGUCCAAUGGAAAUGUCACAAUUCCGGGCCAGCAGGACAAGGAUCUGUUCACAGAAACCAUGGAGGCCUUUAGGAUCAUGGGUAUUCCAGAGGACGAGCAGAUUGGCUUGUUGAAGGUGGUGGCCUCAGUUCUGCAGCUUGGCAACAUGAGCUUCAAGAAGGAACGGCACACAGAUCAGGCCUCAAUGCCCGACAACACGGCUGCCCAGAAGGUGUCCCACCUCAUGGGCAUGAACGUGACAGACUUUACCAGGGCCAUCCUGUCGCCCCGGAUCAAAGUGGGCAGAGACUACGUCCAGAAGGCUCAGACUCAGGAACAAGCAGAGUUCGCAGUGGAAGCCCUGGCCAAGGCUACCUAUGAAAGGAUGUUCCGCUGGCUCGUCAUGAGGAUCAACAAAGCACUGGACAAGACAAAGAGACAGGGGGCGUCCUUCAUUGGCAUCCUGGACAUUGCUGGCUUCGAGAUUUUUGAGCUGAACUCCUUUGAGCAGCUCUGCAUCAACUACACCAACGAGAAGCUGCAGCAGCUCUUCAACCACACCAUGUUCAUCCUGGAGCAGGAGGAGUACCAGAGGGAGGGCAUCGAGUGGAGCUUCAUCGACUUUGGCCUGGACCUGCAGCCGUGCAUUGACCUCAUUGAGAAACCAGCCAGCCCCCCUGGUAUCCUCGCUCUGCUGGACGAGGAGUGCUGGUUUCCCAAGGCAACAGACAAGAGCUUUGUUGAGAAGGUGGUGCAGGAGCAGGGCACACACCCCAAAUUCUUCAAGCCCAAGAAACUGAAGGAUGAAGCAGAUUUCUGUAUCAUUCAUUACGCUGGCAAGGUGGACUACAAGGCAGACGAGUGGCUGAUGAAGAACAUGGACCCACUGAACGAUAACGUAGCUACGCUCCUCAACCAGUCCACUGACAAGUUUGUGUCUGAGCUGUGGAGGGACGUGGACCGCAUUGUGGGCCUGGACAAAGUGUCCGGCAUGUCGGAGAUGCCCGGCGCCUUUAAGACCCGUAAAGGCAUGUUCCGCACCGUGGGCCAGCUCUACAAGGAGCAGCUGUCCAAGCUCAUGGCCACGCUGAGGAACACCAACCCCAACUUUGUUCGUUGCAUCAUCCCCAACCACGAGAAAAAGGCUGGAAAGCUGGACCCCCACCUGGUUCUGGACCAGCUUAGGUGCAACGGUGUGCUGGAGGGGAUCCGUAUCUGCAGACAGGGCUUCCCCAACCGCAUCGUUUUCCAGGAGUUCAGACAGAGGUAUGAAAUCCUAACUCCGAAUGCCAUCCCCAAGGGUUUCAUGGAUGGGAAGCAGGCCUGCGUCCUCAUGAUCCGGUCCCUGGAGCUGGAUCCCAACCUGUUCCGGAUUGGCCAGAGUAAAGUUUUCUUCAGGGCAGGAGUCCUCGCUCACCUGGAGGAGGAGAGAGACAUGAAGAUCACAGACAUCAUCAUCAGUUUCCAGGCCUGGUGCAGAGGCUACGUGGCUCGCAAGGCUUUUGCAAGGAGACAACAGCAGCUGACUGCCAUGAAGGUGAUCCAGAGGAACUGUGCUGCUUACCUUAAGCUGAGGAACUGGCAGUGGUGGAGACUCUUCACUAAGGUGAAGCCGCUGCUUCAAGUCAGCAGGCAGGAGGAGGAGAUGCAGGCCAAGGAUGAAGAGCUGCAUAAGGUGAAGGAGAAGCACCUCCAAGCUGAGCAGCAGCUGCAGGAAAUGGAGGCGAAACAACAACAGCUGAGUGCGGAGAAGCAGGCCCUGCAGGAGCAGCUCCAGGCAGAAACGGAGCUCUGUGCCGAGGCCGAGGAGAUGAGAGCCCGCCUGGCUGCCAAAAAGAAUGAGCUGGAGGAGAUCCUCCAUGACCUGGAGGCGCGUGUAGAGGAGGAGGAAGAGCGCGCUUCUCAUUUGGCAGCUGAGAAGAAGAAGAUGCAGCAAAAUAUUACUGAUUUGGAGCAGCAGCUGGAUGAAGAGGAGGCAGCCAGACAGAAGCUCCAGCUGGAGAAGGUCACUUUGGAAGCCAAAAUGAAGAAGAUUGAAGAGGACGUCAUGGUUUUAGAUGACCAGAACAACAAGCUUCUCAAGGAGAAAAAGCUGAUGGAGGAGAGGAUCUCUGAGUUCACCACCAACUUGGCAGAGGAGGAGGAAAAAUCCAAGAGUUUACAGAAACUAAAGACUAAACACGAGGCCAUGAUCACCGACCUGGAGGACCGCCUGCGCCGGGAGGAGAAGAGUCGUCAGGAGCUGGAGAAGAACAGACGCAAGCUGGAGGGCGACUUCACCGAGACGCACGACCAAAUCGCUGAGCUCCAGGCUCAGAUCGCUGAGCUCCGUGCGCAGCUGGCCAAGAAGGAGGAGGAGCUCCAGGCGGCCCUGGCCAGAAUCGAGGAGGAGGCUGCCCAGAAGAACAUGGCUCAGAAAAAGAUCAGAGAGCUGGAGGCUCAGAUUUCUGAGCUGCAGGAGGACUUGGAGCUGGAGAAGCAGGCCCGAAUGAAGGCGGAGAAGUAUCGCAGGGACCUGGGAGAGGAGCUGGAGGCUCUGAAGACGGAGCUUGAGGACACGCUGGACUCUACGGCUGCCAUGCAAGAUCUCAGGACCAAACGUGAGACGGAGGUGGCGCAGCUUAAGAAGAACCUGGAGGAAGAUGCCAGAAUCCAUGAGCAGCAGCUUGUUGAGAUGAGGCAGAAACACAGCCAGGCCUUCGACGAGCUCAAUGAGCAGCUGGAGCAGGCCAAGAGGAACAAAGUGUCGGUGGAGAAGGCUAAACAGGCCCUGGAGUCAGAGAAGAACGAGUUGGCUAUCGAGGUUCAGACACUGAUGCAGGGCAAGGCUGAAUCCGAGCAGCGCAGGAAGAAGGCCGAGGGGCAGGCGCAGGAGCUGCAAGCCAAAUACUCUGAGGCUGACCGUCAGAGGCUGGAGCUGUCUGAGAAACUGGCUAAAGUGCAGACUGAGCUGGAUAACGUCAACAGCCUGCUGAGUGAGGCUGAGGGUAAAUCCAUCAAGGCCAAUAAAGACUUCUCUGCUGUGGAGUCCCAGCUCCAGGAUGCCCAGGAACUCCUCCAAGAAGAGACGCGUCAGAAACUGUCGCUCAGCUCACGUCUGCGCCAGCUCGAGGAUGAGCAGAACAACCUUAAAGAACAGCUGGAAGAAGAGGAAGAGGCCAAGAGGAACGUCGAGAAGCAGCUUCAAACGGCGCAGGCUCAGCUUGCUGAGAUGAAGAAGAAGGUGGAGCUGGAAGCCGGCUCUCUGGAGUCUGCUGAAGAGGGGAAGAAGAGGCUUCAGAGGGACCUGGAAAGCACCAACCAGCGGCUGGAGGAGAAAUGCGCCGCGUACGACAAGCUGGACAAAACAAAGACGCGUCUCCAGCAGGAGCUGGACGACCUGCUGGUGGACCAGGACCACCUCCGGCAGAUUGUCUCCAACUUGGAGAAGAAGCAGAAGAAGUUUGACCAGAUGCUUGCAGAGGAGAAGAACAUCUCCGCCCGCUAUGCAGAGGAGCGUGACCGAGCAGAAGCCGAGGCCCGUGAGAAGGAGACCCGGGCGCUGGCUCUAACCCGUGAGCUGGAAUCUCUGAUGGACAUCAAGGAAGAGCUGGACCGCAACAACAAGCUGCUGCGUGCUGAAAUGGAGGAUCUGGUGUCCUCUAAGGACGACGUGGGCAAGAAUGUCCAUGAGCUGGAGAAGUCUAAGCGUGCCAUGGAGCAGCAGCUGGAGGAGAUGAGGACUCAGCUGGAGGAGCUGGAGGACGAGCUGCAGGCCACAGAGGACGCCAAGCUGCGCCUGGAGGUCAACAUGCAGGCCAUGAAGGCGCAGUACGACAGAGACCUGGCAGGGCGGGAUGAGAUGGGCGAGGAGAAGAAGAGGGCACUGGUCAAACAGGUGCGCGAGAUGGAGCUGGAGCUGGAAGACGAGAGGAAGCAGCGAUCGGCGGCUGUAGCUGCACGCAAAAAGCUGGAGCUGGACCUGAAGGAGCUGGAGGCUGCCAUCGACAUGGCCAACAAGAGCCGCGACGAUGCCCUGAAGCAGCUGAAGAAGCUUCAAGCCCAGAUGAAGGAUCUGAUCCGAGAGCUGGACGACACUCGCAUUUCCAGAGACGAGAUCCUGACCCAGAGCAAGGAGACGGAGAAGAAGCUGAAGGCCAUGGAGGCUGAUAUGCUCCAGAUGCAGGAGGAGGUGGCAGCUGCAGAGAGAGUGAAGAGACAGGCCCAGCAGGAGAGAGAUGAACUGCAGGAUGAAAUCAAUAACCAGGCUGCCAAGAAUGCUCAGGUUGCUGAAGAGAGGAGACGGCUGGAGGCUCGUAUCGCUCAGCUGGAGGAGGAGCUGGAGGAGGAGCAGUGCAACACCGAGCUGGUCAACGACAGGCUGAAGAAGGCCAUGCUGCAGACCGACCAGGCCAACAUUGAGCUGACUGCAGAGCGCAGCGCCUCCCAGCGCCUGGAAGGGGCUCGCAGCCAGUUGGAGCGUCAGAACAAGGAGCUGAAACUGAAGCUCCAGGAGCUGGAGGGAACCGUGAAGUCCAAGUACAAGGCCAACAUGGCUGCCCUGGAAGCAAAGAUCGCUCAGCUGGAGGAACAGCUGGACAUGGAAACCAGGGAGAGGCAGACUGCCACCAAACUGGUGAGACGCACCGAGAAGAAACUGAAGGAAGUCAUCCUGCAGGUGGACGACGAGAGGCGCAAUGCAGAGCAGCACAAGGACCAGGCUGACAAGUUGAACUCUCGCAUGAAGCAGCUGAAGCGUCAGCUAGAGGAGGCCGAGGAGGAGGCCCAGAGGGCCAACGCCAACCGAAGGAAACUCCAGAGAGAGCUGGAGGACGCCACAGAGUCUGCAGACGCCAUGAACCGUGAAGUUGUCUCCCUGAAGAGCAAGCUCAGGCGCGGCGAUCUCCCCUUCACUGUACGCCGCACCGUCACACGCGUCGAAAGCGAAGAAGAAGGCGAAGCCAAGCCUGAGGCCCCGGAGCCCCAAGCCUGAACGGAGCACGCCACUCGCCUCUCCGAGCUGAAUCCUCACCAGAAAGAGCCAAACACAAAAAGAGCGGCCAUUACUGCAAAGAAGGAAGGAAAACAUGUUGUCCGUACUAGAGGCAGGGAUUCAGCUCAGUCCUCAGCGUUCAGUCCUGCGACUGUCAGAUCUAUUUGAACAGCAUCAAACUAUGCAUCCAUAAGCACGGCUACACGCACACGCCAGUAAAACGUAGACAAUCGCCAUUCCGAAUCACUUCCCCAUUUCUUCUGUUGUUUUGUUUUUUUUUUUUUGGGCCAAUUUCUUUGAUCGCUUCCUUUUUCAUUCUCUGGGAAAAGUAAAACUAUUUUUAUAAGGAAAAUUUUGACUUGUAAUAGUCCUGAUUUAGGAUUUAUUUUUCUAAUUGAGGGAGAUAAGCAUACAUAAAUAAAUGAAGACAAUUACUGGAAGGGGACCAAAGUAAUAUCAAGCAGAAGUGUAUUUUAUGCAGACCUUUUUUUAUAAUGGUUAGGAAUGAAAAUGCUUCAGUGUGUAUUAUGCUCAUUUUCGCUUCUUCGAGGUUUAUGAAGAUUUCUACAAUAUUGUGAAAUGUACUCUACAGACCUAGCUGCGAUUAGCACUCGUUACAACGUUUCCGGCCUGGAAUAUUUUGUACACACCUCUGGUAGAAACGUAAAGUCGAAGGCUUCAUCAAUUGGAGACAAACCGAAGGUGUUUAAUUGGUGCGUUGAAAAUCUCUUAAUUUGCACUGAGACGGAAGAACAGUCAUUAUUUGUGGAUUUCACUGAAACGGCGAAGAUGAAGCUUUUAAGUCUUUGAAUGACCAUGGACACGCUUAUUUAGUGAGUGCGCUCACACUGCCAACACACACUAUAAAAGCCUUAAAUGCAACUGACACCUACUUAGCAGGGUUCAUGGCUUUUGUCUUUUUUUGUAUGUUCAGGGCAAAUUAUAAAUGGGGCGUUCUUUAUAAAUGGGGCGUUCUUUGUUUGACUUGCAGCACACACUGUAUUCGUAGGGCACAGCUUGCUAGAAGAGGUACCCAGUUUUGAACCAAAGGCAGAUUCAGGAGGGAGGGAGGGACGUUCUCCAUCACUGGGAUAACCUGUACACUGUACUCCUUGACUUGCUUAUAGGGUGUGGCAUACGUACGAGCUGGUGUUUGCAUGCGAUCUGGUGUCGGUGACAGGACGACGUGAAACCCUCACAGGCUGUGCCCGGGGUCACCUUUUAGCUCGCAUCGCUGGAACGUGAGAGGAAUGUGUUGUUACUUCCUAAUAACGGCUCAUAAUUCAAAAGAUCAUGUAUUCGGUGCGUGAUAAGACACGGGCAAUCCAAAAGAAAAGAGGACCAGUUGUUUUGUAAUGUUCGUCUCUGCAACUCUGGAAUGGAAAAUGUGUGGUCAAAUAUGAUAUUGCAAAUAAAGAUGCUUUCUAAACUGCC